AUGAGCAAUCGUGCUCAGUUCGGCAGUACCACUUCACACAUGAUUCAACCAACUCCCCUCAGACCUGCCCUGGUCCGGCGCAGCUCCAGUCAACGUCCCCGUGUUGGUCCCCGAACCCGUAGCUACACUGGUACAGGUACCGGUGCUGGCCACAGUUCUCGCGCACCGGAGCAACGGCACAGUGCUUCUUACGCUCCCCGGCGGGACCUCAAUUCUAUGAUACCGCCUAGCAGCCGACCCAGCUUCAUGAGAGCCCUCACUGCUAUGAACACAUCUCUCAAUAGAACCAGCCCCAGAACUGUCCAACCAUCUGCUCAUGAUGGAACUCGGAGAGUCCAGGUUGUACAGCCUGGGCACCGCGGCGGUACACACCGCUCGGAGCAUACAUACCGCUCGGAGCAUACACACCGCUCGGAGCAUACACAUGCAUCGGUAGCCCCUGUGGCCCCCGCCAGACGGAGCCAGAGAAUCUCGUCAACGGCAGCACAAGAUAGGAGACCUAGCACGGCGGCGACGCAUAGUAGCAGACCAAGCGCCGCGGUGGUGAAUAACAGACCGAGCACAGCGAUGGUACCCCACGGACAUGGUCAUGGUCAAGUUGAGCAGCAUCAUGGACACGGACACGGGCACGGGCACGGACACGGCCAUGGGCCGGAGCAUAUGCACGCAAGUAGAGGAUUAGUAAGGUUGGGUCGGGGAAUGGGGCGCUGGAUGUGA